CUGCAGUGUGAAGGAGUGAGCAGAGAUCUACACAAAAUAAAUGUCGUCUUCUGCUUUCUCCCACGUCCCUUGUGUACGAAGGCUGACCACUACAGCAAAAAGGCUGCUCUUGGUGCUGCCUCUCGUUACCUCCGUUUUAGGAGAGGACAUCAACCUUGCCACUUCUACUACUACUACUACAGCCAGCACGAAUACUAGGGAGAAUAUUAAGAUUCAGAAAGCCAAGAACCACAUCGGCACGACUACUUUUUCUAGGGAACAGAAUGUUGAGAUUGAUACCAACACCAAAUCCCAAAUAGAUGUAACCCACAAGCAGCAGGACAAGGGCCGUGCGAUUUCGAUCGCGUAUCAUGACUGUAGCAGCGGAGGCGAUGCAGCGAAGAUUAACAGAGUGAAGGUUUCUCCAGCAAAGCCACUCACUGGUCAGGAAAUUACACUCGACAUUGAAGGAACGUUCAAUGGCGUUGAUGUGGCGAAAGGUAUAAUUAACGAUCUUCUUUUCAAUUUUCACGAUAUAAUUUUAGAUGUUUUCCUGCUGGCGCUGGCGGCUGGUCGCGCUAGUAUAAAAAUAGCACUGCUGUUCAACUUCAACUGCAAGGUCCCUAGAAGUAGCACUAUUUCCAUUACAACCAUCACCCCAUCACCACCAGAACCACGGUCCCUCAGGUAGCACCCUCGAAGUGAAAGGAAAGGAGGGAUGGUUCGUCCAUUUUGACCAUGUGUUCGAUUUCUGUUCUCCAACAGACUACGAUUUACCAAUGGGUAUGGGAGAUUUUCAUCUUGCGCCAGUACACUGCUCAUCAUCUUCGUCGGUUAGUAGAAACUCCACGUCUACAACUAGUACAGGUACUAGUACAUCAAGUACUGCACCAUUUUCAUCUACUACUGCUGGUCAGCAACAUGAACGACGAUCGUCAUUGCCUGCAAUGUUUUCGUCGACUGUAAACCUUUUAGAGGACAGCAAGAAGGGCACAACUACCUCCAACUCGGACGAGCAAAAAAAAGAUGAAAGGCAGUACAAAUUUUCAAUGCGUGGGACGGUGUCAGAUGCUAUUGGGACCAUCGCUUCGAGUCUCACGGUGUGGGUUUACCCGAGACAAGUUAAGCCUCCAUCAAGUAUGUCUAUUUCAACUUUUUUUAGGUACUUUCAUUCUUAGGUCUAAUAAAACCGGCUGUAAUUAUGCUGAAUUAUAUUAGACGACCAUGAUCCACAGCGCGUGAUGUCGAUGAGUUCUUGGGCAAGUAGUCUUCCAAUGUCGUGAAUCUUCGUUCAUCGUAAGUUACGGAGCAGCUUAUAAGUGGUUAUUGUCAUGCACCCCUAAGUUACGCCAAAACCUAGGUCCUGCUUCUAAGAAUCCGACAGGGGAAGAGAUCAAUUGUCUGCAAUUCGAUUUGCAGCUGCAUGACGAGAAAGAAACGCCAGCUCCGAACGAUACAAGUGCAACUCAGAGCGAUACAAGUGCAAGAACUCAGAACGAUACAAAUGCAACUCAGAACAAAGAAGUCCAGCUGUUUCCAAUCUUGUGGAUAUGAAGGUCGUUCUGGAAGCACCAAAGGAGGAGCUACUCCUAGAGAGUCAGCGUUGUGCUUUUAAGGUGUUAUAAAUGAUGUGUAAUAUAUUUCCAUAAGGUUAAGGAAAUCCAUAAGGUUAAGGAAAUCCAUAAGGUUAAGGAAAUCCAUAAGGCUAAGGAACGCAAGAAGCGUUCCCUUUAGCUCCAUGCGAUCCAUGCACUCUAUGCCAUGCGAACUGGAAAGCCUUAGAAGUUGCUCGGUGAUUUAAGUAGUUUGGCGAUUCUUGUGACAUAAGCUAAAUCUGUGUAAUCGUCUGCUAAAAAUUCGGAUCAGUAGGAAAAAGAAUCACAAGAAUAGCGAGAAGUAGAACUUUGGAAAAUAAGACAAUAAUUUUUUAUCGUCUUAAAUUUUGUGUAAGUACAUAACUCUUCUCAUAUGUUGACCCUCAGAUGUAAAGCAGCCGGUUAGUUUCCCUCUAUCCUUAACCUUAUCCCUUCACGCAGUUAUAUGUUGACCCUCAGAUGUCCAAAUAUUUUUACAGCAAUCAAAAUAAAACACUACGUAACUGUAACACUCAUGACAGAAUUAAAAUCCUGUUGACGGUAGGUAUAAAAUCUGAGAAAAAAGCUGCUCUCCAUCUGAGCUCCUCUGAUCUUUGGCUCUCCUGCUUUCAUGCUGUAUUUUUCCACAUGUGCUGCCAUGAGUGACAAGAAGAAAUCUUUCUGAUGAACCGAGCGAGGACUCAACGGGGAGAUACUCCACUUUUUUUUUGCAGCGAUGGUAGUAGUUUGUCCCCCCCAGCAAGAAUUAGAAUCUUCUUACCUUACUACAACAAUCGUGCUGCAGUGUGUAUUUUUACUUCUGCCUACCUCUCCUCCGGAAUUACAAUUUGGGGAGUUCAUUCUCAUCCGUUU